ACCGUGUGAUCGUUUACACAGAAAAAACAAACGCAGCAACAACAAACAAAAACAAACAACAACCAGAGAAAGAUAGAUAGAAAGAAAGAAGAAGAAGAUAGAAAGAAGGAGAAAGAGAAGAAAUCUACAUUUUCUUUCCUCUCUUUUUCCUUCUCUUCCUCUUCUUCCCAAUGACAAUGUUUUACAAAUAAUGAAUCAUUCUUGUUCUAAUCAUAAUUAUUGUAAUGUAAAUUAUUGCUUGCAUUCGCCAUGCGUUGGUUGCCAACCCUAAUUUUCAAUCCUUCUUCUUCUUCUUCUUCUUCUUCCUCUUCCGCUACAUCUCCUUCAACGCGAAAAUCAUCAUCAGCUUCUUCUUCUUCUCCUUCAUCUGCUUCUUCAGAACCUUCUGAUUCAAGGAGGAGCUCGCGCGGCACGUGGUUUUUCGGCAACGGUAAAAAAUCAACGCGAUCAAGGAAGCUACGACACGUGGAUGAUGCUAACGUUGAAUACUCAACCGCACCGAUUCAACGGUCUCCGAGUGCACGGGGUUAUAUUCGGUCUAAUACUUCUUCCUCCGUUGCACCUCAGCCGUUGCCGUUGCCGGAGUCACCUGGUGGGUUGUUAAGGCAAAGAGAUGCUGAUUGUCGGUUGCCGUCGCCAUUGCCGAAAGAAGCUUCUGGACCAUCCCUGUCGCCGAGAGAAGCUUCUGGUAGAGUCACGGAAUCUGAUGUUAAUGUUGGUGUUGGUUCUCUUCCCGUUGGAUUUAAAAUGCGCAGUGUUUUUGCAAGCAAAGAGACGAGAAGGAAUGCAGAGAAUGCGGAGACAAGGCCACCUGGGAGUAGGAGUGUGCGUCAAGAUACAAGUGGGGAUGCAGCUCCAGGCUUUCGAGGGAAUAACUUCCGGAUAAGUGUCCCUCCAAGGAGUACUAGUACUUCAAAUACUCCCUUUACCAGUCCCACAAUCAGCCCAUAUGACACCAAACAAGAUGAUUUUGUGCCAUAUUAUUAUGUGUCACCAAAAGCAAAUCAAUUCUGGUCUGCACCAGAAAUGCCAACAUCUACGGGGCAACCACCUCCUGCUUUCUUUGAUUUAUCUGCGUCAGGCAUUGAUGGUGCCUCUUCUCCCCAUCAAAGUCCUGGAGGAAAAAACCCCAAAAGCCCAGCUAGAUCUUCUUCACCCCUACCAAGGUUAUCCCUUGACUACCCAACAGCUGCACGCCGUGAAAGGUUAUCUCUUGAAUACCCAACAACUGCACCUCCUCCCAGUGUUCACCCGUUACCCUUGCCUCCUUGGCCUGGAACUUCCUUACCUUCACCCUCUGCCAAUGCUACCUAUUCUCAACCUGGAGUGGCUAAGACAGAGUCCUUAUCUAUGAAAAGUCAAUGGCAAAAGGGUAAACUUAUAGGGCGAGGUACUUUUGGAAGUGUUUAUGUUGCCACUAAUAGAGAAACUGGAGCAUUGUGUGCAAUGAAGGAAGCAGACAUAUUUUUUGAUGAUCCAAAAUCUGCCGAGAGUAUAAAGCAGUUAGAACAGGAAAUUAAAGUUCUCAGCCAUCUACAACAUCCAAAUAUUGUGCAGUAUUACGGUAGUGAAAUAAUAGAAGACAAGUUUUAUAUUUAUUUGGAAUUUAUCCAUCCUGGUUCAAUAAAUAAAUACGUUCGGGACCACUGUGGUGCGAUAACAGAAUCCGUUGUUCGGAAUUUCACACGACAUAUUCUUUCGGGGUUGGCUUACUUGCACAGCAAAAAGACAAUUCACAGGGAUAUCAAAGGGGCUAACUUGCUUGUUGAUUCUUCUGGUGUUGUUAAGCUUGCUGAUUUUGGGAUGGCCAAGCAUCUAACUGGGCAUUCUGCUGAUCUGUCUUUGAAAGGAAGUCCAUAUUGGAUGGCUCCAGAGCUUAUGCAAGCGGUCAUACAUAAAGAUAACAGCUCUGAUCUAGCUUUUGCAAUUGAUAUUUGGAGUUUGGGUUGUACAAUUAUUGAAAUGUUCACGGGAAAGCCUCCUUGGAGUGAAUAUGAAGGAGCUGCAGCUAUGUUUAAGGUAAUGAAGGAUACCCCUCCUAUACCUGAAACAUUGUCAACAGAAGGUAAAGAUUUCUUGAGGCUUUGCUUUGUAAGAAAUCCAGCAGAGCGGCCAACUGCUUCAAUGUUAUUAGAGCAUCGGUUUCUGAAAAACGUACAACAUUCAGAUCCUUCACCUUCCUCCCAUCUAUAUAAUGGAACAACCUUGAUGGAUAAACCCCAUAGCCCCAGAGGGUUAUCAGAAAACAAACCUGAUCAGUUUUCCAUUGUCAGUGCACAGAUUGGAAAAGGGAAAUCUGCCACCGAGAGUGGCAUUGGGAUGUCCCACUCGCUCUACUCUUGAAGCAUUUCCCUGCUCACCCUCGAAGUCUAUGCUCGGCUUGCAACACACUCAAUCAGAUUUGUGAUUAUUGUCAUUGUAGGAUGUGUCAAACAUGGCAAUAGGAAAACAAAAAGGGUCAUUUUCAGAUGAAUGUGAUAAGGGAAGUUCUCACUCAUUAUACAAAUGACUUGAGUUCAUGUGUACCUUAUUUUUGGUGACUUGCAGCUGUUGCUGAUGUAGGAUCUUCCUGAAAUUUUCAUUGAUGCCUAUGAAAGUAAGGGCAAAUUCAAUAUGGAGUUUAUACUGCAAGUGAAUGUAGAAGCAGAUUUUGUAUAUUAUUAUUAGAGUGCUCCAACGGUGACAUAAGUUAUGUAAAAAUAAUAACAAUUACAUCAAAAGCUGUUGUUUUUCUUUUAAUUUUUCAUUAGAUUGGAUCACACCAUUGUAUUUUUUAUUUGACAACUUUUCUGUAAAAAAAUUAAAAAAUUGGACAGAAAUGUCAACAUUAGGAUGAAAUCAAAUUUGAUUAUGUACAUAAUAUGUCUGCCUCAUCCUCCGGUUUGGGUGGGGAUGUAAUCUAGUAAAAUGUUUUUA